UGAGGCCCUGCUCCUUAUUCUGCAGGCUGUAAAACCUGAUAACCCUCCCUGUUCUUCCUGCUCUCAGACACACCUUGAAGCUGGUGGAGCAACAUCUGCUGGAGGUGAAAGCUGAUUGGCUGCAGCCUCUCUGCUCUGACACGUGAUUCGUAGAUCAGAGCUCAGAGCUAUUGCUGUUUUCAGGAAAUGAAACUCACACAGUCACUGUGACCGAGAGGAGAAAUGGAGCAGAACCAGCUGGACCGAGAAACCUUGUCAUGUUCGAUCUGUCUGGAUCUACUGAAGGAUCCGGUGACUAUUCCCUGUGGACACAGCUACUGUAUGAAGUGUAUUAAAAACUUCUGGGAGGAAGAGGAUCACAAAGGAAUCCACAGCUGCCCUCAGUGCAGGGAGACCUUCACACCGAGGCCCGUUCUGAAGAAAAGCACCAUGUUAGCAGCUUUAGUGGAGCAGCUGAAGAAGACUGGACUCCAAGCUGCUCCUGCUGAUCUCUGCUAUGCUGGACCUGAAGAUGUGGCCUGUGAUUUCUGCUCUGGAAGAAAACUGAAAGCCAUCAAGUCCUGUUUAGUCUGUCUGGCCUCUUUCUGUGAGAAACACCUUCAGCCUCAUUAUGAUGUGGCUCCACUAAAGAAACACAAGCUGGUGGAGCCCUCCAAGAACCUCCAGGAGAACAUGUGCUCUCGUCAUGAUGAGGUGAUGAAGAUGUUCUGUCGUACUGAUCAGAAGUGUAUCUGUUAUCUCUGCUCUGUGGAUGAACAUAAAGGCCACGACACAGUGUCAGCUGCAGCAGAAAGGACUGAGAGGCAGAGAGAGCUGGAGGUGAGACGAGAAAACAUCCAGCAGAGAAUCCAGGACAGAGAGAAAGAUGUGAAGCUGCUUCAACAGGAGCUGGAGGCCAUCAAGCACUCUGCUGAUAAAACAGUGGAGGACAGUGAGAAGAUCUUCACUCAGCUGAUCCGUCUCAUCCAGAAAAGAAGCUCUGAUGUGAAGCAGCAGAUCAGAUCCCAGCAGGAAACUGAAGGGAGUCGAGUCAAAGAGCUUCAGGAGAAGCUGGAGCAGGAGAUCACUGAGCUGAAGAGGAAAGACGCUGAGCUGAAGCAGCUCUCAGACACAGAGGAUCACAACCAGUUUCUCCACAACUACCCCUCACUGUCAGCACUCAGUGAGUCUACACACUCAUCCAGCAUCAAGAUCCGUCCUCUGAGCUACUUUGAGGAUGUGACAGCAGCUGUGUCAGAGCUCAGAGAUCAACUACAGGACAUCCUGAGAGACGCACGGACAAACAUCUCACUGAGACUCACUGAGGUGGAUGUUUCACUGUCAGAACCAGAACCAAAGAGCAGAGCUGGAUUCUUGAGAUAUUCAUGUGAAAUCACACUGGAUCCAAACACAGCACACAGUCGUCUGUUACUAUCAGAGGGGAACAGGAAGGUGACAAGGAUGAAUAAAUCUCAGUCUUAUUCUAGUCAUCCAGACAGAUUCACUGGUUGUUCUCAGGUUCUGAGUAGAGAGAGUCUGACUGGACGUUGUUACUGGGAGGUGGAGAGGAGAGGGAUAGUUUAUGUAGCAGUCGCAUACAAGAAUAUCAGCAGAGCAGGAGGAAGAUGGAAUGAAUGUUUAUUUGGAGAUAAUGACAAAUCUUGGGCAUUGUAUUGUUCCCAAGAAGGUUAUGAAUUUCGUCACAACAACAUCUGGACCUCCAUCUCAGGUCCUGGUUCCUCCAGAGUAGGAGUGUACCUGGAUCACAGAGCAGGUAUUCUGUCCUUCUACAGCGUCUCUGAAACCAUGACUCUCCUCCACAGAGUCCAGACCACCUUCACUCAGCCGCUACAUGCUGGAGUUUUUGUUUGUAACAAUAUAUUUUCCAUUUCUCGUAACUCUGCAGAGUUUUGUAAACUCAAGUAA